UAGUUGUAUCAAAGAAAGCAGCACUUGGAAUUGCCAAACAAAAAACACACACACACACAAACACACGCUCAGAGGAUGGCAUCUUGGCUUCAGGCAGUGGUGGUGUUGUCAGCUCUAGUACUCUUUCCCGUAUCGGUGGAGUCAGUGACUCGCCACUACAAGUUCAAUGUGGUGCAGAGGAAAAAAACAAGACUUUGUGCAACUAAGUCCAUUGUCACUGUCAAUGGGAAGUUUCCAGGUCCCACUGUCUACGCAAGGGAGGAUGACAGACUUGUUGUGAAGGUCGUCAAUCAUGUUCAAGAAAACGUAACAAUUCACUGGCAUGGAGUCAGACAACUUAGGACAGGCUGGUCAGAUGGACCUGCAUACAUCACCCAAUGCCCUAUACAGUCGGGGCAGAGCUAUACCUACAACUUCACCCUCACAGGGCAACGAGGUACACUUCUUUGGCAUGGACAUGUUAACUGGCUAAGGGCAACAGUUCAUGGUGCCAUUGUCAUCCUCCCCAAAAGGGGUGUUCCUUAUCCAUUUCCCAAACCUGACAAGGAGGAAAUCAUAGUAUUAGGGGAAUGGUGGAAGUCAGAUGUAGAAGCUGUGAUCAACCAGUCUUUGCAGGUAGGCAGGGCACCUAAUGUAUCAGAUGCGCACACUAUUAAUGGCCUUCCUGGACCUGCUCCAAAUUGCUCUUCGAAUGGUUACACCUUACAUGUUGAAAGCGGAAAGACUUAUUUGCUCCGGAUAGUUAAUGCAGGACUAAAUGAAGAACUCUUUUUCAAGAUUGCAGGGCACCAACUGACCAUUGUGGAAGUUGAUGCUAGUUAUGUCAAGCCCUUUAAGACAGAUACCAUAUUCAUCGGUCCAGGUCAAACUACAAAUGCAAUCUUAACAGCAGAUCAGGAUGCUGGAAAAUAUCUGAUAGCCAUAUCUCCCUUCAUGGACACCACUGUAGCCACUGACAACCAAACUGCAACGGGUGUAAUUCGCUACAAAAGCACUACUGCUUUUUCCCCCACUGCUCUCACCACCAUUCCUCCAAGAAAUGCAACUCCAGUAACUAACAGUUUUAUGGAAUCUCUUCGAUCCCUUAAUUCAAAAGAGUAUCCUACCAAAGUCCCCUUGGAAAUCGAUCAUUCAUUACUGUUCACUAUUGGAAUUGGUAUCAACCCUUGUGCUACAUGCCAAAAUGGAAGCCGGGUUGUGGCAGCUAUCAAUAACGUAACCUUUGUUUUGCCAACGACGGCUCUACUUCAAGCACAUUACUAUGGAAUAAGCGGAGUUUAUACAGAAGAUUUUCCAGGAAACCCUCCUACACCAUACAAUUACACUGGUACUCCGCCAACAAAUAUACAGACAACAAAUGGCACCAAAGUUUACAAAUUGGCCUUUAAUUCUACCGUUCAGGUAGUAAUCCAAGGCAACAGUAUUGUCGCACCAGAAAGCCAUCCAACUCACCUCCAUGGCUUUAAUUUUUUUGUGGUUGGAAAGGGAUUAGGCAAUUUUAAUCCGAAUACUGAUCCAAAAAAAUUUAAUCUAGUUGAUCCUGUUGAGAGGAACACCAUCAGUGUACCAACUGGUGGAUGGACCGUAAUCAGAUUCAGGGCGGAUAAUCCAGGUAUUUGGUUUAUGCACUGUCAUCUAGAAGUACACACGACAUGGGGGCUUAAGAUGGCAUUUCUGGUGGAGAAUGGUAAUGGCCCUAAUGAAUCCAUCUUACCACCUCCAACUGACCUCCCAAAAUGCUAAUCAACCGGAACCGCCUGGCUCAAGGACGCCAUUGGAGGGGCUGUUGAUCUGCUAUUAUUUUCUCAGAGAGUACGAGAGGAGUACAUAUUGGUCCAAGAUGCACAUAAAGACGUCUAAAUUAUGGACUCAGGGAAUAAUAAAUGGCUAGAAAUUUGAUUUUUUUUUUUUUAAUUUUUUUAAAAGUAGCGAGUUCAAUCAAUCAAGAAACACCUAAUAAUUAUAUUUAGUUCUGUCCUGCACUUGUUGUUUUGCCCGUGAAGUGUGUAUGUAAAAUUGAUGCAUUUUGUGGAA